UCAAGUAGUAGCCUAUAGUAUUAUAAAAAUAAUUAACAUUAUUUUUAUCAUUAAUUUAUAAUUGUCUAUAGGUUGAGGAUGGAACAAGGACUGAGGAUGACAGCCACUCACACGGCAGCUCAAGCCUGAGGUAUUUCCAACGCCCAAAUUCCGACAAUCACAGUCUCAAUAGUUUUUUUUCCUAUCACCCUCAGACCAAAACAACAUAUUUGACAGGACAAAGACUGUUUAAACGCAUGAACGGCACAGAUAGAAAAUGGCUCACAUACUGUGAAGAGAACCACACAUUGUAUUGUGGAGUAUGUUUAGCAUUUGCCAAGCCAUCUGAAAACAAUCCCUUUGUAAGUGGCAUGCAGGACUGGAACCAUAUCAGUCAGAGAGUAGAGGAACACGAAAGGACCAUCAUGCAUAGAAUGUGUGCGGAGGCCUACUUUUUGAGGGCAUCCAAAUCAGACAUAGCCAGCCUACUACAUGGAUCACAAGUAGUGGCCCACAGAGAUCAAGUGAAGAAGAAACGGCAGGUGUUGGAACGUGUGGUAGAUGUAGUAAAGUUCAUAGGAAAGAGAGGACUUGGCUACAGAGGGAAGGAAUAUGAGGCAGCAUACACUCUAGAUGAUGACAACAUUGACCAUGGGAAUUGUCUAGAGCUCAUCAUUCUUCUUGGAAAAUAUGAUGUGUGUCUGAAAGAACAUAUCACUGAGUGCACAGAAAAAAGUAAGAAGAUGCACCAGUCACACUCACAGGCUAAAGGUCGGGGUUCUGCUGUAACAUUCCUAUCCAAAACAACUGUAAACAAUGUCAUUUCCACAGUGCAGAGGCUAAUUCAGGAGACCAUUGCAAAAGAGGUUGCUGAAAGCGGUAUGUUUUCUGUACAAAUAGAUACAACCCAGGACAUUACGUCCCAUGAGCAGUGUUCUGUGAUUCUGAGAUACGUCACAGACACUGUCCAGGAAAGGCUUCUUGCAGUGGUCAAAUGUGAAGCAUCCACUGGCCAAUAUUUUGUCCAGAUGCUGACAGAUGUAAUGGAUCGUUUUGAUUUGGAUAUCAGCAACUGCAUCAGUAAUGCUACAGAUGGUGCAUCCAACAUGCAGGGUCAAUAUCGAGGCUUCUCCGCACUCCUGUCAUCCAAAGUCCCAAACCAUGUACAUGUUUGGUGCUAUGCACAUGUGCUAAACCUCGUUCUGUCUGAUACAACUGAAGUGUCCAUAGCUAGUGGGUCCCUUUUCUCCCUCAUGAAUGACAUUGCUGUGUUCAUUCGCGAGUCAUACAAAAGAAUGAAUGUGUGGGAGCAUAAAAGCCAGGACACUCGACACAGACGCCUCUCCCCAAUUGGAGAGACACGGUGGUGGGCUAAAGAUGUAGCCUUGAAGAAGAUCUUUGGCUCAUUUGGAAAGCCAGACCAGUCUCUGUACAUUGAUGUCUUCAUGACACUAAGUAAAUUUCAAAGUCAGGCCAAUUUGAAAACUGCAGUGCGUGUCAGAGCAAGAGGAUUCCUAGAGGCGCUCCUGAGGUACGAGACAGUGUUGACUGCCCAGCUUUUCCUUCGGAUUUUUGAAGUGACAACACCUCUUUCAAAAUACUUGCAGACAUGUGGACUAGAUAUCCUCUCUGCUCACAGGAUGGUUCAGGACACUUAA